CCGGUCCGGCGGGCGGCGCCUGCGGCGGGCGGAGGAGGCUCCGGGAAGUGGCCAUAUUGGAUCCAUUCAGCCGCAGCCACUGGCGGCGGGCAGCGGCAGCAGCGCGGCCAUGGCCGCCACCGACCUGGAGCGCUUCUCGAAUGAAGAGAAGAGGAACCUUUCCCUGGGGGGCCAUGUGGGCUUCGACAGCCUCCCAGAUCAGCUGGUCAGCAAGUCUGUCACACAAGGCUUCAGCUUCAACAUCCUCUGUGUGGGUGAGACUGGCAUUGGGAAAUCCACGCUGAUGAACACCCUCUUCAACACCACGUUUGAGACGGAGGAAGCCAGUCACUACGAGAGCGCGGUUCGCUUGCGGCCGCGCACCUACGACCUGCAGGAGAGCAACGUCCACCUGAAGCUGACCAUCGUGGAUGCAGUUGGAUUUGGGGAUCAGAUCAAUAAAGACGAAAGUUACAGGCCAAUCGUAGAGUACAUUGAUACGCAGUUUGAAAACUAUUUGCAAGAAGAGCUGAAAAUCCGCCGGUCUCUCUUCAACUACCACGACACGAGGAUUCACGUCUGCCUCUACUUCAUCACCCCCACCGGGCACUCGCUCAAGUCCUUGGACCUGGUGACCAUGAAGAAGCUGGAUAGCAAGGUGAACAUCAUCCCGAUCAUUGCCAAAGCAGACACCAUCUCCAAGAGCGAGCUGCACAAGUUCAAGAUCAAGAUCAUGAGCGAGCUGGUCAGCAAUGGGGUGCAGAUCUACCAGUUCCCCACGGACGACGAGGCGGUGGCUGAGAUCAACUCUGUGAUGAAUGCUCAUCUGCCCUUCGCUGUGGUCGGCAGCACGGAGGAGGUGAAGGUUGGGAACAAGCUGGUGCGAGCCCGGCAGUACCCGUGGGGAGUGGUGCAAGUGGAGAAUGAAAGUCACUGUGACUUUGUGAAGCUGAGGGAAAUGCUGAUCCGGGUGAACAUGGAGGAUCUGCGGGAGCAGACCCACACCCGCCACUACGAGCUCUACCGGAGGUGCAAACUGGAGGAGAUGGGUUUCAAGGACACAGAUCCAGACAACCAGCCCUUCAGCCUCCAAGAAACAUAUGAGACCAAAAGGAAAGAGUUCUUGGGUGAGCUCCAGAGGAAAGAGGAAGAAAUGAGACAAAUGUUUGUUAACAAAGUCAAGGAGACAGAGGCAGAGCUGAAGGAGAAGGAGAGAGAGCUGCACGAGAAGUUUGAGCACUUAAAAAGGAUACACCAGGAAGAGAAAAGGAAGGUGGAGGAGAAGAGGAAGGAGCUGGAGGAAGAGAUGAACGCCUUCAACAGGCGGAGAGUGGCAGUGGAAACCUUGCAGUCCCAAUCCUUGCAGGCUACCUCACAGCAGCCGCUGAAGAAGGACAAAGACAAGAAAAAUUAAUCACACACAGACUUUCAGGCCAAGAGUGGACUUGGUGCUUUCAUGUGUUAAGUUGCUUGAGUUUCUCACCCUGAGUGACCCUUCUCAUAACAUUGUGUGAGUGGACCAAAGUGAAAAUGAGCAUCUCCGUGGUUGCAGUGUUCCUGCUGUUUUCUUUUCAGAAUUAUCAGGAGGUUUGCAGGAAGUAACCUUACAUGUACAUUUUGUUAAACAAAGACAACUAAUCCCUCAAGUAAGAUGUUUUGUUCUAAACCCAGUGAUGGAGCAGCCAUGUAUGAAGUGACCAUAACUGAACUCAUCUUACCACCAGCUAAAUAAUUGCUUUCUGCCUUUUUUCUUUAAUUGGCCAAGAUGACUGCUGGAGGCUCAUUGACCUCCCCUGUACAUGCACAGUGAGAGGAGUGGUCUGAAGAAUGCUAAAAUGUUUGUUUUUCUAAAAAAAUUCUCAAGUAGCUUUUAGAAUGGGUGGAAAAAUACAACAUUUAGGCUUUCUGCAGGAAUCUUAGAGUAGCCCUCAUUCCAGUAAUUCUGUAUUAAUUCCUGAAUUACUCUAAACACUAGCUACAUCAUUUAUAAUAUAUAUAUAUAUAAGGAGAGAGAGAGUGGUUAAUAAAAUUAAUGGGACAAUGUUCUGAAUUUUCUUUACUGCUAAAGUAGAACAUUUAUAGAGAGGUUUUUCGUAAGAGUUUGUUGUACAAAGUGGAACUACAGGAUUUGUGUAACACUUCAGUUGUCACUUACCAAGGUAUUUACUGUUGUAGAAACUAUUUAAGCCAACAUCUUUACUUUUAGUUUUUAACCUUAAAUCUAAUAUGUGCCUAAUAAGGAGAAUCCCCUGCUCUUGACUGUGCACUGUAUUUAUGCUGACAGGCUCUGUUCCUCUUAGAAGGUGCUUUUUUUGACAACUCCUCAUGCCUAGAAAUCACAGCCUUGUUUUUGUGGGCAACUGAGCUCAGAGGAAUAAUUAGGAUCAAUAUUAAUUUUUUCCACUCAAACCAUUUUGUGCAUAGGCAAGGCAAUAACUGAACAGAGAGUUACUAGCUGUGUUGUCAUGGAAAAAUAGUUGGACCCAAUUCCAUCCAUCCAUCCAUCCAUCCAUCCGAUCCUAGUCUAGAUGAAAGGAAAUAUAUUAACCCUCACAUAGUGUCUUUAGAGUUGAUAAAAACACUGGCUGGCUAAGUGUUAGUUGUGUGUGCAGUUUUAUUUAGUUAUUAAUGUUACAGGAUUUUUCUGAUACAUUUUUUGUUAAAGAUGUGUCUUUAAGCUGUCAGCAAAUUCCUGAUGUGCUGUGCAGAAGGAAAUGCAAGGCCUGGGUUUGAGCUGUCACAGGGCAGCAUUUUGCUGGAUUCUGAGGUUCUUAAACUCUCAUAUUCCAUUAAAGCAGCUCUUUUUUUCCCUUUCUAAAUACAUGCUCAGGUAUUAAACUGUUUUUCAAUGGACAUUGGCCUUUUCUGUGGAUAUACUGACAGUGCUGCUUCAUGCCAGAAAAGAACCUCACAAAGAUCUUACUGGUACCUUUUAGAACAGGCUUUUGUUGAAAGAAUAAAAAUUCUGCACUUGUUGGGAGUCUGCUGAAAGCUGGGCAUUUCGUUUUUAAGGCUGUGCCUCCAGGUUAGAUGUAUUUUAAAGAGUAACUAUCAAAUGUUAGGAGGGUUAGUGUGGUUUUCUCAAACACGUACAAGGAACCCAACCUUCUGUUAUAUGCAAGAAGACAAUUCCACCUCACCUCUGACUACAGACCAAUCAUGUAGCAGAUUAUUUUUUUGUUAAUCUUUUGCUAAUGGGAGAAACUGUGGUGCACUAAUUGCCUGAGCAGGCCAUGCUCUUGGUUCAUUGUUUUGCUUCCCAAGGCCAGUGCUGGGAUGAAGCAGUAACUGGUGGUACUGGUGUGCCCUGUCUCACCAGUGUGUUCCAAUCAACAGUUCCCUCCUGAUCUCAUGCUGCAGCCAGCAAGAUCUAUGCAAAUGGUUUCUCUCUGCCCUGGCUUGUCAGAGAUCAAUUAUUUUUUCCUAGAAUAACAGGUAGUUAAAAAAUAUUAUUAUAACAAAGAGUAAAAAUCUUCAUAUUCAUGGGCAUUAUGGAGAAAUUUACAGCAUUUUCUGAAGAAGACAUUCAGAAUGUAUGUAACAAUAUUUUCAUUAUGAUGAUUAUUAUAUACUUCGAUUUACGUUGUGAUGGACAUCCGUUGUCCUUGUAGUUGCUUGUUCAACAUCAUAACCUCCCCAAGGGGACUCAGCCAUAUUUUUUUCCCUGAGUACUUGUCUUUUUCUUUCAGCUGAGACAAGAUUUAAGUAUUGUGGUAGGGUAGUUCUAUAUCUUAUUUUUAUUUAACAAAUUACAAAUAUGUUGUGAUGCUGAUCUCACCCAGUCUGAAGACUUAAAAUCUCGUAGGCUAGAAAAAGUGAAAGAAAUACUCUUCAGAAAUGGUUGAAACCAUCCAGUUACACAUCUUUUCAGCUGUUUUAUAUAUUUAUCUGUAAAAGAUUGGUAUUAAUGGGGAAAAACUGUCCUUUUUUUAUCAUUUAAAUGUGUACCAUCCUGUAUGUUGUCUGCUUUCUAAAUUAAACUGUGUUUUGUGGGUCUCUGGGGUGGGGGGACAUGCCUGACUGAGGUGGCUGCCCCAGGGGUACAGAUGGGGGUGGUUUGGAGCUGUGGAGGCACCUUGGGGACCUGCACGGGGGACACAGCCCUCUGGGACCUGCUGCAUCCCUUUGCUUUGUCAUUCCCAGUGUGUUGGGGUUCAUGGUUUGGUUUGUUUUUCCUUUAUUUUCUUUCUACUCACUUUGUACUUUUUUUCUUUUAUUAAAUCUCACAUGUAUUUUGA